AGAAAAAAUUCUAGGCCCACAUUCACAGGUGAGCAGAUAUUUGCGUUGGAACGAACUUUCGAAUCGGUCAAGUAUUUGACCGCCAGCGAACGCACAUCAUUGGCAGGCCAGCUAAACAUGAGUGAGAGUCAAAUAAAAGUGUGGUUUCAAAACAGGAGGACAAAAUGGCGGAAAAGACACGCAGCAGACAUGGCGACGGCGAAA